AUGCCCAGCUUCUCGGAGCCUCCCGGCUCCAUUGCCUGCUGGAAGAAACGCAAGCGUGACCAUGAAGACUCGGCAACCUUGCCUUGUCCUUCAUCCUUCAUGCCGUUCCGAGCAGGUCACUCAGACUGUGCUAGCAGUUGUUCCCUACCCCUGACCCGUCACCCAACAGAAGGAGGCGAUCUUUCAUUUCGACCUCGGUCUCUCCCUCGCAAACGCCGACACCUCCAGACCCCUUUUCUCUCGAUUCCAACGCACCAGCAAUCUACCCUUCUCUCACCAAAUGCCUACGGGGCACCGCUAGACCCUUACUCUCCGCCCGUCUCACCCAAGUCCCUCGUCCCCCUCCCCUAUCAGUCAACUUCACCCUCAGCUCUGCGUCCAUGUCACAUCUGCCACCGACGCCCUACAACACGACACGUCUUGGAUGCUUAUGCCGACUGUGUUCUCUGUGCAGAGAGAGCAUGCUUCAUCUGUCUGCGCCAGUGUGACGCCGACAAUUGUGCCGGCUCCGUCAAUGUGCCAGUGACAGCACCCGAUGCCGACCUAUUCAACUCCAACCAAGACUUUGACGGACGGAGGAAGAUCUGCUCCAGCUGUGCAGUUGAAGGCAUCACCGAGACCGGCACGGAAAUCGUGAGAUGUCUCGACUGUGUCCGUGGUCAUGCAGCACCCUGGUCUGCCGCGUCCACGGUCUCACCUUGGACAUUAGAUGGGAUGAAUUAUGAGAGUAUGGGCGGGUAA